CUCAGUGGCACUCUCGGCUGCCCUGGCCGCCCGCCGGAGCCAUGGUGGACGUGCUGGGCGGCCGGCGCCUGGUGACCCGCGAGGGCCGGACGGUGGACGCGGACGCGGCGCUGCAGAACAAGGUGGUGGCGCUGUACUUCGCGGCGGGCCUGUGCGCGCCCAGCCGCGACUUCACGCCGCUGCUCUGCGACUUCUACGCGGCGCUGGUGGGCGAGGCGCGGCGGCCCGCGCCCUUCGAGGUGGUCUUCGUGUCGGCCGACCGCAGCGUGCAGGAGAUGAUGAGCUUCAUGCGCGAGCUGCACGGCUCCUGGCUCGCGCUGCCCUUCCACGACCCCUUGCGGCUGGAACUGAGGAGGAGAUACAACAUCACGGCCAUCCCCAAGCUUGUGAUUGUCAAGCAAAAUGGGGAUGUCAUCACCAACAAAGGGCGGAAGCAGAUCAGGGAACACGGGCCAGCCUGCUUCCAGAGCUGGGUCGAGGUGGCCGACAUCUUCCAGAAUUUCUUGGUUUGACUCUCUAGGAACCCUAGAGUCCAGGACAGAGCCACUCGAACUUCAGCAAAGGAGGAGACAUUUGUUUUACUCUCUGUUGGCAGAAUUUUGUUUUUAUCUCAUUUAUUUAAACUGUAUUAGAAAGUAAAAGUUACUCAGGGGGGGAAAAAUAGCCUCCCUGUGUGGAUCCCAUAGCUGAGUAAUAGUGAUCUAUAUUCUUUGUAAGCACUAUCUCCUGUGCCUAGACAGGGCCUGUGUAUCUGCCCUGGGUGACCAGAAAUCUAUGCAUCAUUUUAUUCCCACAGGUUUCUUUGGGUAAAAUGAUCAGUUAUUGAUACACAGGGUCUAUCAUUUUUUCAUGAUAAGCUUUACAGACAUUUAUUAAACACGUUUUCAGACUGUGUCCUUUAAUAAACAAAUACUUACACUUU